UUUCAAUGCGGCGCUUUGCAACACUGGCCCACAAACCUCGGCCCGCUCGCAGCACUAUAAACAUUGCAACAAAAAAAUCCGAUUAAAAAAGAAUCUUACGUGUGAAAAAUUAAGCAAAGACAGCCAAGGCAUUCCAACCACCAAGCCAAGGUGGCUAAGAUGAGCUAAUAAUAAGUCCAACGACCGCACCGAGAAAAAGCAAUCAAAUCUCUCCGCUGGCGCUGCGUCCCGAGCAAGAAGUAAAUAACACAACACGUCAGAAGUGGAAGAGCAUCAGAUAGACGAGGCACAGGGGUAGAUCCAAAUUAUCGGUGUUAAUACCAUUCACCACGUAGAUAGGCGACCAUGAAAGCCAACAGUUGGAUGUGCCUGCUGGCGCUGCUCCUCGCCUGGCAGCUGCGGGCGGAGGAGCUUCAGGGGCCCAACACAGAAGCCACGGGAACGGGUACGGGUCUGGGCACAGGGACUGGCACGACUCUAGGCAGUGGAACGGGCACUGCCACACCCACGCUGCCCAACGAGCCCUCCACCCAGACGGAAGCGGAGGAGGUGACCACGGCAGAGUCGGAGUCAAGAGUUCCCGCGGAGAGCAACGAUCGCAAGGCGUCCAAACCCAAGGACUCCACAGAGUUUGCCCCCAGGACGAAGGUCAUGCCGGCCGCCCUGCUCGAACGCCUCUGGAACGACAGUCUGAUGAGGCAGCAAAAGCUGAAAGCCGAGAUCGAGCGACUCGAAGCCAAACGCCAGCCCACUGAGGUGGUGGAACUAACCCCGGAGCAAAUAGAAGCUCAAACCAUGUACGACAACGCCAUGGAUAUGCUGGCCAAGCCGACGGAUAAGAGGGUGGCCUUCACUCUGCUCAAGAAGGCGGCCGCCUUUAAUCACCUCAAGGCGAGGGCGGAACUGGCCUGGGCCGUCCUUCUAGGUCACUGGAUGGACUUUGAUUUCCACCAUGCGGCAGAUGAGUUGAGAGCUGGCCAACGAGGGUGUCCCGAGGCGCACAUGGGCCUGGGAUUCCUCUAUUGCGGGGUGGGCGGCAAGAAUGUAAGCCAGCCCAGCCUGAUCCACUACAACCUGGUCCUGGGUGACAACACUCUGGCCCAAAUGGCCAUGGGCUAUCGUUAUCUGUAUGGCAUUAAUGUGCCCAUCAGCUGUGAGAAGGCGCUGAUUCAGUACAAGCGAGUGGCCAAGAAGGUGGCUUCCAAGAUCACCUUUGCCAACGGACCUGUCGUUCAUCGGGUGCGCCUGCUGGACGAACUGGAGAACCCCGGCAGUCAUGAGACCGAGAUUGUGGACUAUUACCAACUGCUGGCCGACAAGGGCGACGUCCAGUCGCAGGUGGGACUAGGUCAGCUGUACUACCAGGGCGGCAAGGCCACCCAACAGGAUCACCAAAAGGCUCUGGAGUAUUUCACCCAGGCUGCCAAUGCCGGCAAUGCGAUUGGCUUCGCAUUUUUGGGCAAGCUUUAUCUGGAAGGAAGCGAGCAAAUUAAGGCCGACAAUGACACUGCAUUUAAGUAUUUCUCCAAGGCCUCUGAGAUGGGAGACCCAGUGGGUCAAAGCGGGCUGGGUCUCAUGUACCUCAAGGGUCUGGGCGUGCCCAAGGACUCGAUAAAGGCAUUGUCCUACUUCACGCAGGGCGAUCAAGGAUGGGUAGAUGCACUGCAGCUGGGCAAUAUGUAUUUCACUGGCAAUGGCGAAACAGACUACAAGCUGGCCCUCAAGUAUUUCAAUUUAGCUACCCAGUCAGGUCAUGUUUUAGCCUACUAUAAUCUAGGAGUGAUGAAUGCCUACGGCAUGGGAAUGCUGCGUUCAUGUCCAGCAGCGGUAGAGUUCUUCAAGACCGUCUCGGAACGUGGACGCUGGAGCAGCCGUCUGAUGCAUGCCUACAGUGACUACAAGAAAAACCGCAUCGACGAAGCUUACAUGCAGUAUUCGCUAAUGGCCGAAGUGGGCUAUGAGGUGCCCAGAGUAUGCCGCCUUUUACUUGACCGCGAGGAAGUGCAUGUUUUCAACGAUCGGCACGAAGAACUCAUUCGCGCAUUCUACUACUGGAAGCGGGCAGCGGCCAGGGCUAUUCGGCGCCCAAGUCAAGUGGGCGACUACUAUUACUACGGCUGGGGUACUUCCAGAUUCGAGACCGCAGCCGCCCUUUACAGGAAAGCGUCGGAGCAGCAAUAUAAUGCCCAGGCCAUGUUUAAUCUGGGUUACAUGCACGAGCAAGGUGGCAUGAAGAAAGACUGGCAUCUGGCCAAGAGAUUAUACGAUUUGGCUGCCGAGACCAACUCGGAUGCGAAAGUGCCAGUGGCCAUUGCUUUCAAGCUGCAAAUGCUGGCCAAGAUUGAAUCAAUCAAGGAGGUGGUUAAAUUUAUCUGCUGUUGGUGGACUACCUUUUAUUCUUGUUCUCCUCCAGUCACCUACAGGUUUAUCUUCUACAUGGAUGAAAACAUUGCUGCCAAUUGGGAUUUGUACAUGAUUACCAUUUUGACCCUUCUGUUGGGCAUCAUCAUGUACAUGAGGCGACCAUUCCCGCAGCCGGAUCAGCCGGCCCAGCAGCCAGCUGCAGAUGAGAUUGCUGCCGCGCCAGUCAACUUGGCGCCGGUAGGAGCAGAAGCAGCAGCUUUAGUCGGAGUGGUCGACGGCGAGGCUGCAGUGGGAGCCCCAACUGCCGCAGUAGUUGCUUCUCCGGCUGCAGGGGCUACCUCCUCCUCCUCAUGCUCUGCGGAAAUCUCAUCGACGACUACAUCAAAAUCAAACGACGAUGCAGCGUCGCAAGGGGCAAGCAGCUCAGCAUCUGCGGCGCCGGAUGGCAACACACUCGAUCCCACUGGUUAGUCUUAGUGAAUUGGUUUAAUCAUCCCUAUAGGUUAAUUAGUGUGCGUGUAAAUAUUUAUCAUCUAAUUUCGCCCGAUUUAAUAUUUUUUAUUAAUUCUAAAACCGACCUUUUUAGAUAUUUAAAAAAAUAUCGUACUCAGAAUGUGAAUGUUGUACUGAUAAACCAAUGAAUCGAUCGACAUUUGAUA